UGUCAAAUACUUAAAAAAUUUACUGUCAUUCCUUGUACGGGAACCAAAAUUAUACAUUCUACAAUAACAUUUACCUACUUAUUUUUGGAAACAUCAUCUGAACUACGUAACAAUGGUCGCGGACACAAAAUGCACAUUCGGCACCCGAAUGCCGAUCGACAUACAUAUGUUAAACGAAAUUAUUUACAGAGAAGUGAAACACUUCCGGAAUUAUAAGAUUUACAGACCGAACUUUGGGUCUAUACCUGUAACUGGUAAGUUCUAUGCCGCCCACGACCAGUUAAAGGCUGAAUCGAAGGAGCAGAAGGAGAAGGUGGAUGAUUAUCAUUAUAACGUGGCACAGACGAGGGCUAAGGGACCGCGCAGCAAGUACCCAUCGCCGGCUACCGAGAACCAAGUCUACGGUUGGUACGACAAACCAUUGGUGCCAAUGGACAGAAACGACAGACGGUUCUACUUCCCCAAGAGAGAGAGCUCUCACACGAAGGUCGAAAUCAUCAUUCUCAUGUCGAAUCCAAUGAAGAAGGCAUAAGUAUUACGCACAUCCAAAAAUCUCCAAAAAGGUCUUAUUAUACACAAUUUAUGAGUCUUUUAAUAUUUUUAUGAGUUUAUUUUGUUAUGGAUAUUAAAUAAAGGCGGGUGAUGAUAA